AUGUCAGUUAACUUGGAUCCUAUGGUUUAUCCGCUAUUUUUUCCAAGAGGUGAUGCUGGUUGGCAUAAUCAGUUGGUGCAUAACCCUGAGCGUGCCACACUGAAUGCGAAUGAUAAACCUGAUUUGGUUACUCGAUUAUUUAAACUCAAGUUAAAUAACCUCCUCAAUGAUAUAUUCAAAAAUGGUGUAACGCAUGUUCAUGUAAUUGAGUUUCAAAAUCGUGGUUUGCCGCAUGCCCACAUUUUACUUCAUUUAGCAAAUGAUGAUAAACUUGAAACAUCACAGAAUAUCGAUAAUUUGAUUUGUGCGGAAAUUCCAGAUCCGAUAGUUAAUUGUGAACUUUAUGAUAUUAUCAAAACUUGCAUGAUUCACGGCCCAUGUGGGAUACUGAAUCCAAAUUCUCCCUGCAUGAAAGAUGGGGUGUGCAGCAUAAAAUAUCCUAAAGAUUUUAAUGCCAACACAGUAGCUGUUCACAAUGGUAAUCCGCGCUAUAGGCGUCGUGAUAAUGGGUUGGUUAUUAAUAUUAAAGGCAACAAUGUAGAUAACCGUUGGGUGGUACCUUAUAAUCCUUGGUUAUCAAAGAAAUAUCAAGCCCACAUUAAUGUUGAAGCUUGCAUGUCUGUAAAGGCUGUUAAAUAUUUGUAUAAAUACAUAUACAAAGGGCAUGAUUGUGCAAAUGUUUUGAUAAAUGAACAGGUUAAUCACGAUGAAAUAAACACUUUCUUAGAUUGUCGUUAUUUUAGUGCACCUGAGGCACUCUGGCGAAUAUUUGAGUAUCCCAUAAGUCAUAUGUCACACUCUAUUAUCCGUCUUAAUGUUCAUCUUCCUGAGAACCAGAUUGUGUAUUUUAGAGAAGGAGAAGAACAAGUGGCUUUAGAUCGUGCUGCUCAACGUGAUGCACACCUUACGGCCUGGUUUAAAUUGAAUUCUGAAAAUGAAGGAGCCAAUCGCUAUUCAUAUGUUGACAUUCCAUAUCACUUUGUUUUGAUGAUAAACAUUGUAAAUGGAAGGUUAGACAAAGAGGUGGAAAUAAGAUUGUUACUUUUACAAGCAAAAGGAGCAAAAUCUUGGGAGGAUUUGCGUACUGUUAAUGGAAUAGUUCUUGAAACCUUUCGUGAAGCGUGUGUUUUUAAUGGUUUGUUGCAAGAUGACACUGAAUGGCAGAAUACUGCCAUUCAGUGUCAUCUUGCAACAAACCAUAUAUUGAAAAAUAUAGUUUUAACGCGAAUGCCUAAGCAAAUCAGGCAGCUGUUUUCAAUUAUUUUAAUCUUUUGUGAACCUGAUGACCCUUUGCAUCUUUGGAAUUCAUACAAAGCCUUUAUGAUAAAGGAUUUCAUUCAUCGCCAAGUUCCAUUUAUAUUAGCUGAACAAGCUACUCUUCUUCAAAUCGAAAAGAUUAUUAAUCAAAGUGAUAAAACGCUAUCUGAUUAUAAUUUGCCUGUUGUUGAUGAGCUCAUAGAUUUUAAUCUAGAAAAUUUAAAUGAUAAUGUUCAGCAAUCAAUUGACGAAGCUAAUCGAAUAAGACCGCAUCUUAAUGUCAAUCAAUUAAAUGUAAGUAAUGCUGUCCUUACUGCAUUGAACUAG